AUGAGCUGUCGCUCUCUCCACUCGCGACGCUUUCUUCCCCGCUCUCGCUUUUGUCUUUGGCCGCUUCCUCUCGUCGGGACAGCGACGCUUGCUUGUGGGGCUCUUUCCGCCCCACUUCGUUUCCUCAGCGUCGACAAAUCGAGUUAUUAUUGGACUGUGGCUUUAAGUCGAGUGCAAUGGGGAGGAAAAACGGAAUGGACACAAUCGGGGCUGAAUGCAAUCCUUUUUGAUACUGGGACCACUGGAGUUUACUUGCCAGGUUCGCUUGUAAACAAGGAUUCUUCAUGCAGCUUACUGAUCUUUGCUUCCGAUGAGAUAUCGAUUGCUGCCGGUUUGAAUGCACAAUGGAUUCUCGGUGGCGCCUUCCUUCGACAAUUCUAUUCGGUUUACGAUUAUGCACAUGGACGGGUCGGGUUGGCUCCUCGACGA